UGGAAAAAGGUUGGAGGAUCGUCAAAAUUCUUAUAUAAACACUCGCUUCUCAUCUCUUCUCUCCUCUCCUCUACGCUUCUUUCAUUUCCCGAUUCUCCCUUUUCCAAUCGCUUCUCAAAACCCUACACAAUCCUCUUCCCAAAGGCAUAGAAGACAUCUUGCUCCGUAGCUAGAGGCCUUUACCCUGCUCUACAAGGUGUGAUGGCUUCCAAACGAAUUGCCAAGGAGUUAAAAGACCUGCAAAAGGACCCUCCAGUUUCUUGCAGUGCUGGUCCUGUUGGUCAAAACAUGUUUCACUGGCAAGCAACUAUUAUGGGUCCAGCAGACAGUCCUUAUGCUGGGGGUUUAUUUUCAGUGAACAUUCACUUUCCACCAGAUUAUCCCUUUAAACCACCAAAGGUUUCCUUUAAAACCAAAGUCUAUCACCCUAACAUUAACAACAAUGGAAGUAUCUGCCUUGACAUUUUGAAAGAGCAAUGGAGCCCUGCUCUUACUGUUUCCAAGGUGUUAUUGUCAAUAUGCUCACUGCUAACAGACCCGAAUCCAGACGAUCCAUUGGUGCCAGAGAUAGCUCACAUGUACAAAAAUGACCGAGCCAAGUAUGAAAGUAACGCCCGAUCUUGGACUCAGAAAUAUGCCAUGGGCUAAACAGAACAAAACCGAUACUGCUUCCAGUUUCUGUUCAUCCCUUCUGUUUUCUGGAUUUUCCAUGCAAAGGCUACAAGGCUAUAUUAUGCUCAAACUUAGUAGUGAACUUCAACAUUACAAUACUUGCUUUCCCUCCAGCUAAAUAAUAUUUUGUCAUUACUAUAUUCUCAACUUCUCUCUCUUACAUGAGGAUUCUUCUGCUAUGCUAUGGAGGUUGAGUUGGGUUGAAUAUGAUAUUAAUUGCAAGUCUACUAGGGUUGAUAUAUGGUGGAUCGUGGCUUUUCCUUAAAUUCUAUGUACGUUAAAAUUGAAUGAAAUAGCUCUGUUUGAAGAGACAGUAGUCAAAACAUGAUUGUCUAAAUGACACACCAUUGUGUCAUUCUUGUAAUAAGAGAGAAAGGAUGUGAUGUCA